AUGCACAUUGCCAGACAAAGGCGACACCAAAUUGAGCAGUGGAACAGAUUGAUUGGAGGGGAAGAGCACCACACACACACUCAUGAUGACAGCCCCAUGAUUGACACCCACAUCAGUCCAAAGAACAAGAAUGUAUCUUUACCGUCACAAAAAUGGCAGUCGUUCCGUGAGAGUGUCGUUAUCGGACUUGAGAGGUCUUUCACCCAGAUUGGGUACCACUGUGCCAAGUUCCCAGCGAUAACCAUAUCUGCAAGUAUUCUUUUGGUAAUCUUAUGUGGCAGUGGUCUUUCGCGGUUGACAUGGGAGACAGAGCCUGUCAAGUUAUGGGUCAGUCCUAACGAGCCCGCGUUGCACAACAAACAAUACUUCGAGGAUACAUUUGGCGAGUGGUAUAGAAUUGAACAACUCUUCAUCGCUAGUUCAGAGAAGGAGAAGGCAGUGCUUUCUUGGGAAAAUGUGCAAUGGUGGUUCGAGAAGGAGCUUGAGCUCUACACCCUUAGAGAUUCCAAGAAUAAGCUGAUCAGCCUCGAGGAGUUUUGCUUCAAGCCAUUGGGCGAUUCGUGCGCUAUUGAGUCAUUCCCUCAAUAUUUUGGUGGUGAAAUCGGGUUCUUGAAUGAGAACAACUGGCAGAAGCAAAUUUCUUCCUGCGCCGAGAGCCCUGUUGAGUGUUUACCACCCUUUCAGCAACCCUUGAACAAAAAUCUACUUUUUUCUCUGAGUGAAGUUUUGGAGUCAGAGGCUUUUGUUGUCACAAUUCUUCUCGAGAGUAACUCAAGCAGUCAAGAUUAUCAGUUGAGAGUGACGGAGUAUGAACAUUCAUUACAGAAGUGGAUUAAAGGUUUGCAAGCAGAACGCCCCGAUUUGAAGAUCUCUUAUAGUACUGAAAGCUCACUAGAAGAAGAGCUCAAUCAGUCAACCAACACGGAUGUCAAGAUCGUCGUAAUCUCAUACUUGGUGAUGUUUUUGUAUGCGUCCCUCGCUCUUGGUGGCAAAAUUCCCAAGAGUUUAAACCUCAAGACACUUAUUAGAACGAGGUUUUUGUUGGGCUUGAGUGGCAUUAUUAUCAUUCUCCUAUCAGUGGUCUCGGCCGCAGGCGUGUUCGCUUACUUGGGUGUGAAAUCCACCUUGAUUAUUGCUGAAGUGAUUCCAUUCCUAGUCUUGGCUAUUGGUGUCGAUAACAUCUUUUUAAUUGUUCAUGAAUUACAUUGCAUCACAGAAAAGUUGCCUGAAGUCGAUGUUGAGGAUAGAAUAUCCCAGGCGUUGGGUAAGAUAGGCCCAUCCUGCUUCAUCAGCGCUGGCUUACAAGUUAUGAUGUUUUUGCUUGCGACAAGCGUCCAAAUGCCAGCGGUGAGAAACUUUGCGUUCUAUUCCGCUGGUGCUGUUGGUAUCAACUUUUUGUUGCAAAUGUCAGCUUUUAUUUCUCUCCUUUCUUUGGAUCAACGCAGACUUGAGAGCAAUCGGGUUGACUGCAUCCCAUGGGUACAGCUUGAUCAUCAAGUUGCACUCGAUCAACAGGAGUUUACUGUUGAUCAUAUCGAGUAUGAUUUCUCAACAUACAUUCGCAAAAGCUAUGCACCUUGGUUACUCAAGCCUUCAAACAAGAGGAAGAUACUUUCUGUGUUUUUGGUUUGGCUCGGUAUCUCAUUAUGUUUGCUACCUGGUAUUGAGUUGGGCCUUGAUCAAAAGAUCGCCCUUCCAUCGAGUUCAUAUCUUGUUGACUAUUUCGAGAGCGUCUACAAAUAUUUGAACGUAGGACCACCGGUCUUCUUUGUUGUUAAAGAUCUUGACGUGACGAACAGAGAGGAACAACAGGCUCUCUGUGGCAAAUUUUCAACUUGCAACGAAUUUUCACUUGCAAAUAUCUUGGAACAGGAAUUUAAAAGAUCGGAAGUCUCAACUAUCGCAGAGCCCGCUUCUAACUGGUUAGACGAUUUCCUCAAUUGGCUUAACCCAGCUCUUGAUCAGUGCUGCAGAUUCAAAAAUACUAUGGAAGGAUUGCCUCAAGGUAAGGAGUUCAUGAAGUUCUUUAGACAAUGGAUUACAGAGCCUAGCGAUCCAUGUCCAUUGGGAGGAAAAGCGACCUAUUCCAACUCGCUUAAGUACAACUCUAGUAAGGUCGAGGCAAGCUACUUCCGCACUAGCCAUACCCCAAUGAGGUCCCAAAAAGACUUCAUAGUGGGCUUCAAAAACUCGAUUAGAAUCGUGAACGAGGUCAAAAAAUAUAUCGGGGCAAGAUCGACCGGUCCAAAUGAAGUCAUUGUGACCGGUACUUUUGAUAACUGGUCUAAAUCAUACUCGUUGGUGAAGCAAGCCGACGGCUCUUUUGAAUUGAAUGUUCCGCUUGACAGAAGCAGCGAAGUUCUCUACAAGUAUGUCGUCGACGGAGACUGGACUACCAGUAAAGACCAAAAGACUACGAGCGACUCCUCCGGCCACACCAACAAUGUCUUAGAACCUGUGAAGGCCAAGGACUACAAAGGUACAACCUCUAGAAUUCCAGAGGCUGGAGGUAUUGGCGCCGCAGUAGCACAAGGCUCUUCUGCCACUGCAUCCUCUCAUGCCGGUGAUAAGGACCUCAAGACUACCGUUUUGCCAUCCUCAGAGGGCAAGCAGACUACAUUGGGUGAGCCAGGUAUCUUUGUCCCACAAGCCAAGGAUACCGAGGCUUUGGCCGCCUUCGAGAAUGUCAGAAACGUUGACCCUAAGACAUUGAAUGAACCUAAGGAUGACGAAAAGUUCACCAAAGAAUUGACCCCUGAGGAGAAGAAGAAGCAGAAGAAGAAGUUGAAGAAGACGCAGUACAAGCUUCGUAAGAAGCAGCAGAAACAGGCUGCAGGCGGUGCUGCUGUCGGAGCCGCUGGUGGUGCUGCUGCUGGUGGCGCUGCUGCUGGUGGUGCUGCUGCUGGCAGUGCUGGUUCUAAAGCCACCACCGGAGAAGACAAUGACCAGGAUAACGACCAGUCUGAGGACUCUGAGUACGAGAAGUCUCCUGAGCCUGAAGCCGUAGAGGCUACAGUUACUGGAACCAUCCUUGGUGCAGUUGGCGGUGCUGCCACAGCUGGUGCUGGCGGUGCUCUUGUUGGUGCCCUUGGAGGUGCCUCCGCUGGUCAGGCUGCUCACAACUACUCUAGUUCUCAUUCUGAGGAUGCCAGCACAACCACUAAAACUGAGGAAACAGAGGCUCCACAGACAUUGGACCCUGGUAGACAAGCCCUUAACAUUCCAGGCAGCAUUGCUGGUGUCGACAAGGUUCCAACUCGUGACGACGACAACUUAGCGACAAAGACAAAGACUCUUGACACUUUGACGUCUUCUGAGUACGUUGACUCUAAGGAUGAGGAUGCUCCUGAUAGCUCCAAUGCUGCUGUGGGCGGCGCUGCUGUUGGCGGCGCUGCUGUCGGCGCAAUUCCAGAGGACAAGAAGGCCGAGGCGACUACUCAGGAUGGCCUCUCCAAGCAGAAUGAAAACACCGAAGAAUACCCAGUCAAGGGUGACUUGACUCAAGCUGGCGCCGCUGCUGUCCCCGUCACUGCUGUUUACGAGGACAAGAAGUCUGCUCAGAAUGGCGCCGAUAAGCCAUCAACUGAGGAUGCUCUUAAGAAGCAGAAAGAGAACACCGAACUGUACCCAGCUAAGGAUGACUUGACCACCGCUGGUGCUGCUGCUGUUCCUGUCGCUGCUGUGUAUGCGGACAAGAAGACAGACGGUGGUGCAUCGCAAGUUGAGCCCUUGGACAGUGACAAGCUUGCAAAGAGCAUAGAGGAUAAAACCGAUUUCCCCGAAGACCCACAAGCCAAGGAGGCUGAGGACAAAGAUAAGAAGCACGAUGCAGCUGUAGUGGGAGCUGGAGCUGCAGCUGGUGUCGCAGCUGGUGCCGUUGGUGGUACCGCAGCCUCUCGUGGAGCUGGUGCUGCCCCUGCUAAGGAAACUACCGAGCCAGCCGUUCCAGUACAGCCUGUAUCUCAGGAGAAGGCUGCUCCCGUUUCCAAGGCUGCGGAGCCCAAGGUUGACGCUCCCGUGGCCUCCAAGGAUGGCUCUGAGGUGCCUGGUGUGUUCGGCAGCGGUUCCGCUGUGACACCAGAGGUUGGUCCUAAGGAGGUCAGCGCAAAGGAAGUCGACGCCGCUCCAGUAACAAGAAGCAAUGAUCACAGAUACGACAGCGAGGACGAGAUCAUCAUUGCACAAGGUGGUGAAAGCGUUAAGCAAGUCGAGAAGAGAAUCCAGGAGUGGGAAGGAGAUGUCAGUGUUGAACAGAUCCAACCAUCUCCAUCCGAGGCAAGAAGAUUGGCCGAGGAGGCUCAUCUCCUGAAGCAGGCCCAGCUUGCCGCUGAGAGAGGUCAAGAAGUGGCCAGUCCAUCUAACCCACCUGCUGGUCCAGUGAAGGCAGACAAGAAGUCCCCCAAGAAGGCAGAGAAGGCUCCUAAUGCAGCUCAGCAACAUGCAACCAAGACCAAGAAGGGCAUUCUUUCGAAGCUCAAGAAAAUCUUCAAGUAA